CGCCCGGGUCCUCCCUGCCAUUCGGUGAAGAACUGCCGGGCCUCGGCUGCGCCGUAGCUUUCACCGCCGGAAGUGCAGCCGGAAGCGGCAGAAUCUCCUCUGGCCACGGAACGCCGCGUGCCUGACUGGAGUUGGGUGCUGGAAAUGAUCUGAAGAGAUUUACUGCAUGUGGAGUGUAACUACUUCGGACUGUGCUGUGUUUAUUGCAACAAUGCUGGGGAGAGUGACUCUUCCACAACUGCUUUUUGCUUCCGUCCUUGGAAUUGCUGGAGGAAUGUAUAUUUACCAGCCAAUAUUUGAACAAUAUUCUAGAAAUCAGAAGGAAUUAAAAGAAAAGAUGAAGUUGGCACAAGAAUCAGAAGAAAAGAGAAAUUAAUAUUGUAUAAAGCGAUAAUGUAGUAAUUGCUUAAAGUCCAUUAAAGUUAUAUAUUUACUACCAUUAA